AGAACAUAAUAGAGGAGGACAAUGAAUUUGACAUAUUGAGAUGGUGGAAACUUAAUGGUGAGAGGUUUCCAAUUCCAUCUAAGAUGGCAAGAGAUAUUCUCUUUGUUCUUAUUUUCACAGUAGCUUCUCGGUCCACUUUCAGUACAAGUGGAAGAGUGUUAGAACUCUUUAGGAGUUCAUCGAGUGUCAAAAUUGUGGAAGCCCUCAUAUGUGCUCAAGACUGGUUAAGAAUGUCCAAUCAGCUUGUCUCAAUAGAAGAAAACAUUGAAGAGGUAGAGAGGUUGGAAACAGAAUUAACCAAUGGCAAUGUUGGUGGAGGCCAUUCUCUUGAUCAGAUAAUAGUAAAACAUUUCCUUUAUCUUUUAAACAUGUAAUAUGUUACUUCACUAAUGAUAUGCUAUGUUAUGGUUCUGUGACUUCUGUCAUCACCCUGCUGCUAUGAAGGUAAAUGGAAGUGUUGUUGUUU